CUGGGGUAACACAAUAUACAUUGCCGUUGGUGACACCAUGCCAAAGCCACCGCAACUUCCACCAAAAUGAGGCCUGCUAAAGCCUUAACAACAAUCCCAAUAGCAUCAUUCUUCACCGGAACUACAAAACCAAGCCAAAGUUUCAAGCGGGUUCCUCCAUUUCAUCGUCAUAGUAUCCGAUUUUCAGUGCCCCUUUUCACGAGAUCAAAAUCUUUUACCACCCCUCGGUAUGCUCACAGUUCAGCUCCCGAAGUUGCAGCAGAAUUCAGUUCUGGGAUGCUUCCUGACUCACAAGGAAAGAUUGAAAAGCUAGAAGCAAGUGUAGAAAAGGUUAUAUAUGGUUGUCGUUUCUUUGCUAUCCUUGCAGUAUGGGGAUCUUUGGUGGGAUCUUUUCUUUGUUUUAUCAAGGGUUGCAGUUAUGUUGUGGCCUCAUUCGAAGAAUACUUUGUCAACCGAGGGAAGGUGAUGUUUUCGCUGGUUGAAGCCCUUGAUGUAUAUCUACUAGGGACGGUGAUGUUGGUUUUUGGAAUGGGUCUCUAUGAACUCUUCAUCAGCAACCUUGACAAAGCAAAAUCAUUUGCAGAUGAAAGAGUUCCACACAGAUCAAAUUUUUUUGGCUUAUUUACUCUGAAGGAACGUCCACAAUGGUUGGAAAUUAAAUCUGUCAAUCAGCUGAAAACCAAACUUGGCCAUGUGAUUGUCAUGCUACUUCUUAUUGGUUUGUUUGACAAGACUAAGAAGGCUGCUAUAUUAUCGCCUCUUGAUUUGCUUUGCUUCUCAGCCUCUGUACUUUUGUCAUCUGGCUGCCUGUAUCUGCUAUCAAAACUCAAUCACUCAGAAGACAAAUUUCAGGGAUGUUGAGGUGCAUUUUCUAUGCCUUGGGAAAGGAAAAACUUGAUUCUUGUGGUUUAUCGAAUCUGUUUUCGUAGUCUUAUUAACUCCAAAGUCUUGAUGGUAGUAGUGAAAAGUUUACUCUAGCACUAGUGUCUCUGACAUAGCUAUUAUCUAUGCUGUAUCAAACCGGCUUGUGUAAAGGAUAGCAAAACAAGAUGUAUAUCAGGAUAUUGUUCAUUAUUAA